CGACUCGAGUCUGCAGCAGUCGUAGUCUGGCGCUUGUGGGGAACAGAUACGUACUUCACAUCGACCUUCCGCUUCUGCUCCCCACAUACAUCAGUUGGCUUUAAAUGUGUGAUAUAUACAUUUUAUAAGAUAAGUAAACCUACAGAAUAUCGGAACAAUGACGAACGCGGUGUCUAAACUGAUCCGUGACACUUCACAAAAGCUCAAUGUUAGUGAGACCAACUUGACGAGGGGCGGGAUGAGUGUGGUGGUGGCUCUGUAUAUUUACAAAGUGGUGUACCCCAAGGUGCGGGAGAUACAGCUGGGCCUCACCUGCCAGGAACCUCAGGAAAAGAACAGGGAGGAGAUCAUCCAGGAGAAGAAGCGCGGGCCCGCCGUCAACAGGGACUUCUUCAUGCAGCUCAGGAAGCUGAUGAGGAUAAUCAUUCCCGGUGUGUGGUCAAAGUCCGCGGUGCUGCUGGCCGUGCACACCGUCACGCUGGUCACCAGGACAUUCCUGUCAAUCUAUGUGGCGGAGCUGGAGGGCCGCGUGGUCAAGUACAUCGUUAGGAAGGACGUAGCUAAGUUUGCACUCAUGAUGACCAAGUGGAUCGGUAUCGCCGUGCCCGCCACCUUCAUCAACUCCAUGAUCCGCUUCCUGGAGUCCCAUCUGGCGCUCACCUUUCGUACCUGCCUCGUCAAGUACUCCUACGACCUGUAUUUUCGCAACCAGUGUUACUACCGCGUGUCCAACCUGGACGGUAGGCUGGAGAACGCCGACCACUGCCUCACCGAGGACAUCACGGCCUUCACCUCCAGCAUUGCGCACCUCUACUCCCACAUCACCAAGCCUCUGCUGGACUCCCUGCUCAUCUCAUACUCACUCAUUGCCCUCGCCAGGGCGCGGGGCGGCGCCAGUCUACCAGGACCAAUACUGGGGACUCUGGUUGUGCUCAUCACAGGGCGCAUCCUGAGGAGAGUGUCCCCCAAGUUUGGCUCCUUGGUGGCGGAGGAGGCACACCGAAAAGGUUACUUGCGUGCUAUCCACUCACGCAUCAUUGCAAAUGCUGAGGAGAUUGCCUUCUAUGGUGGCCAGAAGGUUGAGUUGGGCAUCCUGCAGCAGGGGUACCACUCCCUGUCAAGGCAGAUGAAUAUAAUCUUCAAAAAGAGACUGUGGUACGUCAUGCUUGAGCAGUUCCUCAUGAAGUAUGUGUGGUCAGGUGCUGGCAUGGUGAUGACUUCCAUACCACUGCUUACCUCGACCAUCAGUGAAAGUGGACAGGCUGAUGGUGGGGUGUCAGAGCGCACUCAGUAUUUUACCACGGCGAAGAACAUGCUGACGUCUGGGGCUGAUGCCGUGGAGCGCCUUCUCACCUCCUACAAGGAGAUAGUGGAGCUGGCCGGCUACACAGCACGGGUAGGCAACAUGCUGAAGGUGUUUGAGGAGGUGCAGAGAGGUCGCUACGUCAGAGUCUCCGUCAUGUCAGACAAUGAGAACCGUGACAGUCGGUGUCCUGCUAACCUUGUCUUCCAGAAUGGUGUGCCCGUCAUCAAUGGUAUUGUCACGGAGAGUCCCAAUGGAACCAUCAUCAUCAACAAUGUGCCUAUUGUGACACCCAACUGUGAUGUGGUGGUGCCGUCCCUCAACCUGACAGUCCAUCCUCAAAUGCACCUGCUCAUUACUGGUCCCAAUGGGUGUGGGAAGAGCUCUCUGUUCCGUAUCUUGAGUGGUCUGUGGCCUGUGUACAGCGGCUCCCUGCAGAAGCCUGUCACAGCUGAUAUGUUCUACAUCCCUCAGAGGCCAUACAUGUUGGCAGGCAGUCUGCGGGACCAAGUGAUCUACCCUGACUCGGUGGAGGAGAUGCGUUCCAAGGGCAUCACGGACACCCACCUAGAGGACAUCUUGGGCAUUGUGAACCUGCAGCACUUGGUGAUCCGGGAGGGUGGAUGGGAUGCACUGCAGGACUGGAAGGAUGUGCUGUCUGGUGGAGAGAAGCAGCGCAUGGGGAUGGCUCGACUCUUCUACCACAAGCCACGGUAUGCUCUGCUAGAUGAGUGUACCAGCGCUGUGAGCAUCGAUGUGGAGGGACACAUGUACCAGUCAGCCAAGGACCAAGGCAUCACGUUGCUCACUAACCAUCGACCGACGCUGUGGAAGUUCCACACCCACGUGCUACAGUUUGAUGGUGAGGGCGGAUGGAAGUUUGACUGUCUAGACUCAGACAAGCGGCUGAGCCUGAAGGAUGAGAAGCACCAUUUGGAGACUCUACUGUCUGAUAUUCCAACCAAGAUGGAGAGGCUAAAGGAGCUGUGCAGCAUCCUGGGUGAGGACUCCCUGCUGGUGGAAGAGGGAGCCAUUCCUGAUGUAGCCAGUGACACUGCCUUGUCGGACUAGGGAGGCAAACCUUAGGACUUGAACAGAGAUAACCAUCCUCUCUUUGCUUGGCUCAUCUCCCUGGCCAGUUGUUCUAGUCAAGACCCUGAUGGGAAUUGUACAGAUUGCCAGUCAUGUACAGUGUUUUUAAUCUGAGUUUUUUGAUAUACUGAGAAUUGUUGGAAUCAUAUGUUAUAAUACUAACAUACAGUCAAAUUGUGUUAUAUUGUUGAAUAUUACCUCUUGGCCAAAGUUUAGCAUAGUGAGUUCCUCUGCAUUGUUUUAUAGAGAAGAAAAUAUAUACACGUGUCUAUAAGAGUGCAGAAAUAUCAGACAGUUCACAGCCUUGAGAUUGCAGUGGCAAAUUAUCUCUUGACUGCUUUGUCUCUUUCUCUUUCUUCAUGCACCUGCCUCAUAGUCUUUCAUUUCUGAGGUAUGGUCUUGAGAUUACCUGAUAUUAAAAGUUUAGUAGCAGUACUUUUAUAUAAGGGUGGAGUGUGGACUGAAGCUAAUGGACAGUAGAGUUAAUAAAACAAAGUAGUAAGGAAGACUAAUAAAAGUACAGGUACAUCACCAUGCUACCAGCACCUGAUGGUCAGACAAUGCCAUUAGUCCAGAGUGAAUGUGAUAGAGAACUUCAAAUUCCCAUGUGUGCCAAACUGGUGCAGCAGAAUGGCUAUUUUUGCAUAAUAACAGAUCCUCACCAAACCAGUGGUUCAGCUUGUUUUGCCUGUGCAUGUAUUGAUGGUGGGAUCACUUGGUGUUUUUACUUCUUCCUGAAUAAGACAAGACAUAAAUAAACAUAAAUAAUCCCAACAGAACAUAGCCUAUACAAAUCAGAUAUAUCUAAAAGGAAUUACAGUAUUCUUGAUCUGUAUGAGGAGGAAGGCAUCCUUGCAAAUUAUUUUUGUUUCCAUGUUGAAAGUUUGCAGUUGUUGUUAUUAUAUUGUUUAGAUCUUGUGUCAUGCCACUUUAAAGCAUCAAGGACUUGGAAAAAUUUAUUUGAAGGUAGGAGAAAUUCAGUUAAAAUGUUGUGUUAUUAGGAAUUUAGGGCUAGACAACACACUCAGUGUAAAUAAACUCUUACAUGUUACCAAUUAAGGCAAAGGAUCACCAAGCAUGAGUGAUGUUUGACCAGCUGUUACUGAUCCAUCACCACACACAUGCAUAGUCAGUGGAGACAGUAAGGCCUGCAGAUGGAUCUUAAGAGACUGGUGCAUUGGUGAUGUGCCUGUGAGUAUUGAAGUAGGGGCCAAAGACUAGCUUCCAAGUUGAGGCAUAAAGCGGGAAAAGAGAUAGAGUGAGGGAUGCGAAUCAUAUUAAGGAAAAUAGUAAAUGUCAAAAGCCUCCAUUUUCCAUGUGAGAUAAUGUCCUCUUUAUUGCUAACUUUCAAAGUCUUGCCAUGUUGUAUAGUGACCUGAGGUGUGGAUGCAGCAUUGUAGGAGUGGAGUGAAGCAGAAUGGCUGAAGACUUUACAAUCAUAGUUUGACUUCAUAGCUUCUUGGCUUAUGGCAGCACUGUACUGCUGACAAAACAUGUUACAUUUACAUUUAAAUAGUUAUUCUCUGUAUACUUCACAUAUCAUUUGUAUAUCACUGCAUUUUUUGUUUGUUUCUCUUUUCACACUUUAUAUACAUAUAAUUUUAUUAUUAUAUUUAUGUAUUAUAUAUCAUCAACAUAUAGAUGUAUACAUUUUUAAUAGCAUGACAAUGCCUUGUGAAUUAAAAUUAUCUAAUUUUAUCUGACAUUUAGAAAAUUCAAUAUUGAGUUCUAUAAUUAUUUUUAUAAUUAUUAUUUUUUUUUUUAGAUUGUAGAUAGUUAUGUUAAGAUGUCAAUAUAGAAUGUGAUCCAGGAAUUCCCAGACUGUAUCUAUGUAGUGCAUAAGUCAUGGAUAAUAACCUUGAUGCAUAUAUUCCUACUGUGUUAAGUGUAUUCUCAGGAUCUUCAGUCUUCACACCUGCUAAGAGUCUGUCACUUGUCAGGCUCUGUAAUAACAUUAUCAGUAAAUCAGAAAAGCUCGAAUUCAGGGAAGACACUAAGCAGUGAGUGUAAUGUGUUACUUGACUGUUGAACAAGACUUCACCUGAAGCUUUUAUUAUGAUCCACUCACCUGCAAGUAGUGCAGCACACUUAACUUCACUAACUGUCUAGGGCUCCUGUGGAUUUUGGGAAACCUUGUUUGAUGGAAUGCACAUUUUUAUUCAAGUCUCCUCAGUGCCACCAGAUAACUUUUUUUCCUUUUACCCUGACCUUUACAAUAAGAAACAGGAAGGAAUCACUGUGCGUAAGGUCAAUGGGAUAUCAUAGGGAAGAGGAAGCAGAUACAAGGUUUGGGUGUUGUUCUAAGAAACUUCUGCUCAGAAAGAACUAUUUGGAUUGUGAGGCAGUAGCAGAUGUGCUUACAGUCAACAAUUACUGAGUGUCCACAUGUAUACCAUGUAUUCUUAAUAGACGAGCCAUGGUAAGGCUACUGAGGAUAAUAGUCAGCCAUCUCACAAGAGUACAACUUAGAGACAAGUCUCAAGAAAAUGUGACUGAGGGGCUUGUUCAUAUGCAUAGUAUAGUAGCUCCUGAAACAUGAACAUAUUGCAGCUGUUGUGACCACAGCAAGUCCAAUUGAUAGAUUUAUGCUGUGGCUAUAAAGGAAGCUAGUUUGCUGCAAGCCUUUUGUUUACUGUUUCAUUCCCUCUUUUACCUUGAACCAUUCAUAUUGAAAGUGUUGAUUAGGUGAUGAAUUUGUAAGAACAGAUGGAUGUCUGUUUUAUUUUGGCUUGUCCUUGUUUUGCGUCUUUGCAUCAUUUGAACACUGAGAAACACUGGAAAGUGGAAUGUCUGAUAUCCAUCCUUGAUACUUGACUUCAUGGUUCCUCAGUCUAGGAGUGCAAACAAAAUUUGAUGCAGAAGUACAUAUGAUUUCAAGUUUGUUAUCAUGCUUCCUAAAAUUAUUGUAGAAAACUUUUAUUAAUUACAAACACUGAAGAUUAAUAUUUGCUUCAAGAUGUUACACACCUUACUGGUUCAUGACAAAUUUAUUUCAUCAGGCAGGUCAGGUUUGUGCUGGCAUAUUUCAGUGUCCGAAGGAAACAGUUCAGGAAAUCCUGGAUCACCUCUCUUCAUAGUGAGUUACUAAAAAUUCUGAAAAUGUCCUUGCACAAAGGUGGGGAAGAUGUUGAGUAUUAGUUUGAUGAAAAUGAUAGGAAUAACUGGUUUGAGAAAUCAAUGUGUAGUAUUUCAUAUCCUUUGAAAAAAACUUUUAUUGAUAUAUGUUAGUGGCAUAUGAAGAUUCUACAAAUUAUGGCUACCUAUGUAUUAGCAUCUAGAAAAGAAGUAGAAUUUGUGGUGAAUGUCAUUGAGAAAGGAAUGUUAUGGAAUUGACAGCAUUUUGACAGUGUAGUGUAUCUGCCAUGCUGAGCUGCAGGGGUUUGUCAAGCCCACAGGAAUUGCUUGACAUUGUAUGAUGGUAACUGUUGCUUUGUUGUGCUUCAUGCAGUGCGUGUAGCAGGGCUACAACAAAUCAUACCAAAGUUAUUGAGCUCAAGUACUAUUUUGUUUCUUUUAUGGAAACUUGUCCAUACAGUAGAUACUGUGUGUGAAUUAGGCCAGUUGGCAAUAUAAAGACUAAGCAAGUUCCUCAGAUAAUAAGAAAGUAUCAUGUUCUCUUGCAUUGGCUGGAAAAUGCAAUUGAAAAUAUAGAGAUUAUUAUGUUUAUAUAGAACAAACAACUCAUUGCAAAUAUUAAUAGAGUAAUGUUAUGUUGAUGAUGUGUUUGUGUGUGUAUGUGUUUUGACAAAAAAGGGAAUGAAGUAACAUAAGAAGUGAUGAUAUAAUGUUCAUGAACAAGCUUCUUUCCCUGCUUGCCUCUGUGUACCUGGCAGUGUAAAUGAAUCUUCUCUAGCUAUUCCUAUUCAUUACAUCUUUCAUUCAUCUUUUUUCUCUCUAGAAUGAAUUGUGGCUAUGAGAUUCUUAACCUUUCAUGAUUUUUUUUUCGGUCAAACAUGUCACAUUUAAUCUUGUAGUAUGUAUAGCUGACGCUAGUGUUUUAUUAGUCUAUUUUUUUUAACUUCUGUCUGUAUACUGAAUCAAAAGCAUCUGUGCAGAUCUGUGAGGUUCAGCUUGGCUUCAGUUUUUCUUUGUGUAUGUGCAUUUAGUACCUCAAGAAGUAGUGUUUAUGUUCCAUGAAAUGUUUUGCUGUACUUUGGACACUAGUAAAAGUAAAUUGUACUGACCCACAAGAUGAGGCCGAUAAUUAAUCCAUGCAAUGUUGCAAUAUCUCAAGUUACUUCAAGGAAAAAUGGAAUAGCAGUUCUUUAUUCAGUGUAAUGCAUCACUUUGCAAAAAAAAAAGGCAGGAUGGGAGUGGGCUGGGGGCAAGAGGCAUGAGUAUUUCUACAGGUGAUUACGCCUUAAGUCAAUUAAAAUUAAAUACAGUAAAGGUGCUGGUUAUUAAAGUGAAAAUGAGACUGAUAAUUUACAGAAUAUUUGCUCUGAUGUGCUCUUGAGAUACCUAGCCUGAUAUAAUGAAUGGAGAAAAAAAGAUGAGACUGCAUUUUAUUUCAGUUAUUUCCCCAAGCUGAACUUAUUUAUUGACGAUCAUUGGAUGAAGAGACUUUUUUUUCCCUGGUCUAGCUGUACAACACACGGUAAGAUGAGGAAGUGUCCGUGUCUUUCCAUUGUGGUGACCAGAUGAGAAGUGAAGUGGGUCGAUUAGUCUGUGCGUGGUGACCUGACUCCCUCCCUUCCCCAGCAAAAAUUCUGCCUCGGGUUGAGUAGCAACGUUGCCUGACCUGAUAUGCCAGUGUCAUACAUGACAUGGAAUGCCUUCAUUUGAUUUGGUAUAUAACACUUAUUUGUAUCAUCUGGUAUCUAAUGAAAUAGUCAGAAUAUUCUUAGAACACUGUUCACUGAUAAUACUAUGAUAAAAGAACCAUGUGAACUACAGUGGUACUUUGAGAUAUGAGAUUUUUGAGAUACAAGCUAUGAUUUGAUCAUUUUUUUAUUUUGAGAUACAAGCAAAAUUUUGAGAUACAAGUCACGCUUGGGGAUGUUGCCGCUGUAGUCGGCAGCUUGGCGCAUCAGUCCAGCCUCAACUGAGCUAAUGUUUAUGGGUUUCCCGUGGAUCUCAUGCACUGUGAUUGUUCUUUCAUCAUUUUCACACUAAUUGCUGACCUUUAUUGUCAAAAGGAAGUGCAGUUUUGAUUUACGUUUAAUGUUUAUGUGUAAAUGGUGCCUGCAUCCUCUCCUCUCUCCCUCGUCCUCCUCCUCCAUUUACCACCAUUAGCCGAAAAUGUGUGUCUUCAAGGUAAAAACACUAAAUAAACUUUUGCUGUUGUUUCAUAUAUGUUCAUGCAUUGAUAAAGUAAUGUAACUGAAAAGGCAAAACAAGUUUCUCCUAUCUCCCCGUACGUCCUCCACCGACGCUUGACGCUUAUCACGAAGGGAGAGAGCAAGGCCCUUUCUCUCUCUCUCUCUCUCUCUCUCUCUCUCUCUCUCUCUCUCUCUCUCUCUCUCUCUCUCUCUCUCUCUCUCUGUAGACACCUUUUUCUUACCUGAAAACCCCUAGAGAAAAAUAGGGGUGCUCUUUUUGGGGAUGCUGGAACAGAUUAAUGGCAUUUCACUGCAUUUCAAUGGGAAAAAUUGUUUUGAGAUACAAGCUCCGUCACGGAACAAAUUAAACUCAUAUGUCAAGGUACCACUGUAUAGCGUGAAUGUUUGGAUUGGAGAUCUAGCAGGAUGGUGAACAACACCCUAUGGGUCAGUACAAUUUACUUUUACUAUAAUUUAGACACCUGAGGACUUGGGAAUGUAUUAAUCCUGCCAUUGACUGAUGCUUUCACUCACUGAUUGGUAUAUGUAUUCUUUCUUACCUUGCUUAGAAGCAUGUAGGAGGCUACUGCUGUAUUUCUACAAAAAUCUGUACCAAAUUAUCCAAAUAACAGCAGUUGAAUAAUAGUUCUAGUAGAAAUGAAAUUGAUAUAACAGAAGAAUAGACAGAAGAUGGAGUAAGAUAGGAAUAAGUGGAUCAGUGAGUGAUAGCAUGUCCGUAGCAUUGUCAUCUCCUUCUAUUUUUCCUUAUCACAUCUAUACAUAAUAUAUAUGAGGUGUGUAGAACCAAAGGAAUGAACACACUAAAAUUUGGGCCUCUUAAAUUUUUGCAAUUUUGCAUUUACUGCCAUAUUGUAAAAAAUAAUGUCAACAUAUUAUACAUUUAAACCUGUGGAUGCAUAAAAUCUCUGAAAUAAAGUAAACCAUGGGACUCUCAUGAAUAGUACAUUAAUACUAAAUUAAAAAAGGUAUGAUAGAACAUAGUAAACACAUGAACAUGAAACAAUACUAGGAAAGUAGGCAAAUAUAUUUGGAAGGAAAAAAAAAAACAUUAAUUGCACAAUGAAUGAUUAUUAGAAUUCUAAUUAAUUCAAUUAUAACUUUUUUAGUCAAUUUUCUUAUUAAUUGUGUAAUUAAUUUUAUUUUCCAUUGUCAGUAACAGUAACACUCACCACUAAGAAGACUAAGAUAGUGUAGAUGUGAGGGAGAGGGAUGCUGCUGGUAUAUGGUGGGGUGAGGCAUCAGGUGUGAUGGUAUGGAGGCAGUAGAGGUGUGAAGGUGGUGCUUGUUGGAGGGGCAGGGGCUGGGCUAGGGGGUAUUAAGCUGUCUGUAUUUUGCUGCAUAAUUAAAUUUAGCUGGGCAACCUAUGGCAAGUUACAAAGGAGGGUUAUACCUAUCUCAUUUGAGCCCCCUAAAUAAAAGAUGCUGAAAUGGCGAGUUUACCUCUUUGGCUCUACGUGUCUCAUAUUUGUCUAUACCCACAUGUGAAGGACAUGUGGGUAUAGACAUGACACAAAAAUGGGAAUACAGGUUUGCUUAUUUCUUGCUCCUUAAGACUUCUUCAUUAAAAAAAAGAAGAAAAAUAAGCAUGUAAUCUGGGUGAAAAGUUUGAUUCUGGCAGCAUUGAUGACAAAUUUUCUUAUUUGUUCACCUGUUACGUAGCAAGAGGCCGUCCACAUCAUAUUGGCAAUAGCUCCUGAUCUCGCUCACUUCCAUUCAGUGCCGCCCCAUUGAAUGCAUUAUGUCUCAUGCAGUCACCAGUCAUGAACCUCAAGAUGGAGGAAGAGGGACUUCUUUGGAUGAAAUACUCUGCCAAAAUUUGCAUCUGGAGCUUGGCAUAAUUUUGUAGCAGUAUAAUGAACUGAGUUAUAAGUAGCAGGAGUGAACAUACUGCAUUUUUAUUAGUAAUGGAAAGACUGGAAGAACAGAAAGAAAUUAACACAUUAGUGGAAUGAUACUUAUGUAGCUAUAUUAGUAGUGGGAUUGAGAUUAGGCAGUGUAAAAAGGAAUGUUAAAUGGGGGAGAUGCAAAUAAUGAGUGUGCAUGUGUCAUUCAUCUACAAUUGUCUACUGAUCACCCAGCCAGUCGCUUCCCUACAGAAAGAACUCAGAGGCCAGAGUUCAUACUGACCAAUCAUCGGGUAAGACUGAGACCACAUCACACACCACACACCAGGACAGUGAGGCCACAAACCCUUGAAUUACAUCCUUAACCCACUUGCUGCUGGGUGAAUAAGGUACACAUUAAAAAACUCAUCCAUUUGUCUUGCUGUGCCUGGGGCUCAAAACCUCAAAUCCGGGCCUUCUCGGUUGUGAGUUGAGCAUACUACUUUUAUACACAGUGCAGUGAGAGUGUAAGCAAUCAUAAUAAUCAUAACAAUGAUAUUCAGUUUAUUCAUCUUGCAGCUUUACACCUGAAAAUCCACAUGUUACACAUACUGAUAUACAUACAUACAUAUAGCUAUUGCAUGUUGAACACAUUUAACCCUAUGAAAGAUACCGUGGCUGCCAUAGCCAGGUAGUGUCAAGUCAAUCUUGUAAACUAAGUUUGCAGGAUGGUUAGGCCACCCAGUUAGUAUUUUUCUGUUCAGAGUUUGUUUUUCUCCUCUAGCAAUGGAGUGCAAAUUCACAACUCUUGAUUUGCACUAGGGGCUACAGUAAAGAAGUCCAUCCAAAGACCAUGAUCUGACCUCUGACCCGGGAUUGAAACCCAGGCACCCUUCUGUGUGUGUGUGUUUGUGUUGCCCAUUAAUUUGUUGUAUGACAAUAUUUAGGUACAUCAUUUAUAUGUUUUGUUUAUUAGUGAUCACUUCACUAUAUCGAGAUGUCAUUCCACAUGAAUAUUUGAUCGUAUUUCAUACACUUAGUUUAUAAUACCAAUGAUCAAGGAAGAAGAUAAAAAAACACCUUAGAAUAACUUUUAUAUGUUUAUUCAUCUAUUCUUUAAUAGCCAAUCACAUUUGCUGCUACAAGACAGGUUGUCAAGUGCAGACUUCUGUUGAUCACAUCUGUGCUGUUGUAUGCAUUUAUGUGUAAAUUAACUAAAUUUGUUAGACUUUCAGAUGUUACGCAUCUUGGAUUGAGGAGAGGGUGUGUAGAAUACACAGGUAGUGAUGGCUCAGAUGAUGUCAUGUGUCGUUCAUUUCAAAGGUGUAAUACCUUUUCACCUUGUUUAUCAUCUAGACUGGCCACAGAAUAUUACACACUUAUGCUAUGCAGUGCCGUAAUGUAUUCGUGCAUUUGUGGUGCCAAGUAUAUUAAGAAUCUUUUUACCUAGUGAUGUUUGUUAAUGCACAAGUGUGUGUUAUCAAUUUUGAGUGUUUAUAAAUUGAUUUAUCUGGACUGCAUGAAGAUGACUUCACUUGAGUACAGUUUGGUUAAGAUAGAUUCAUGGUUUUCAAACUCCAUCUUUUUACUUCCUCGGGUAGACCUGCAUGUUCUUACCCGAAUGAUACAAGCACAAGGCAUUUUUAUAAAAAUAUUUUGUGAAAUAAUUUAAUCACAUGUUUUAAACUAAUUUUUGAGCUAGAUUAGUUUUUUACUUCAUCUCAUCUAACUUUGUCUAACAUAUUCAAACUUCCCAAACCUUGUCCUUUUUAACCAAACCUAACUUGUCCUAUUCUAUACCUUAUAUAAACCUUAAACCUUGUUUAAGUUAUCAAAGUUUAAUCUAACCUGUCAUAUCCUAGUUGCACCUAAGCUAACCUACCUUGUUUAACCUUAGGUAAUCAAAACAAACGAAACUUCUUCUUGGCCUGACCAACUUAAGCUAACUAUUUUCAACUUCACCCAUGUAAUUUAACAUAACUCAACCUAAAGUGUGCCUCGGGUGUCUCCUAAUCAUAUGACUUUUGGUGCCUGCAUAAUAAUUGUAUAAUAUGUAUUGGUAAUAGGAGGAUAUUUAGUUUCCCGGGUAAAAUUCUUGAGCAGUGUUGGUGUAUGACUCCAAAGUGACAAGUGUUACCUAUCCGUUACUUGUACAGAGUGCUGCCUACGAUGUCUCUAAUGGGCCAGUUACCGUGCGUGGUUAUCCUGUAAUGAUCCGUUGAAUAGUUACAGUUGCACACUUACGAUGGGUCUUUGAAGUCGUUAGCCUUGUGAUAGGUCUGUUAAAUAGUCUCUGUAAUAUACUAUCAUGUUAUCUUAAUUACUACAGAUGAUAUUAGUAAAAAAAAUAUAUUGCU